GUUCGCCACGCUCUACAUCCUCUCUCAUGUGGGCCUGCUGAACCUCACAACCCUUACUUACGUCCUCCAUACAACCACUCAGACUUCGUGCAAUCCCCACCAAGUCGCACAACACCAGCGACGUCACUUCCACCUGCAACACAGCCAUGCGUUGUGCUUGCUCGCACAGCACGGCUCCUUGAAACGGGCCACGACAUACCCAUCUGCCAAGACUGCCGUGUACCCUGUCUGCGGACCGGAUUCACGCAGAGUUCGACAAGAUGGCCUCCACCCUCCCCGCCAGCGCCAGCCAAGCUGAAAUUGAGAACGAACUCGACUUCCUCGACAUCAUGAUCGGUACACUCGACCAAGGCGCUGAUGACUACGCAACACGCCUCGAUGAACUAGAGGGGAAGAAAUCGGAGCUGGAGGAAAGACUGGAAGCGUUGCUGCAGGGCGGAUCUCCUUCGCAAACUCCGCCAGACGAAGAAGAGCUGCGAAUGGGUGGAAUGGAUGGCGCACAAGAUACCGCGAUGACGGGAGGGCAGAUGAGUCCUUCGAAUAAUAUGGGAAUAGGACAGUUCUACAACGGGUUAAACGGUGGGAUACAGCCAGGCUUGAAGCGUUCCGCCACAGACACCCUCCGCCUCGACUCGCAGCAUCCAUACAAGCGCCAGACUCCCGAUCCUUCAACCGUCGCCACGCCUUCAUCAUCUGUCGAGUCGUUCGAAAAGCCUGCCACUUCGGUCGCCGAGAUCAAUGAACGCUCACGUCGCCGACAGCUUAUGGCCGAAGCCGCUCUACAGAGACAGCGCGACAGUCAAAAGGCGGAUGAGGAAUACGCUCGUCGGCUCAGCCAACUGGCAACACCAUCUUCUUCCCGAGGGCCCGGCGCAUCUUCAUUCUCAUCAUCACAGCGCCCAAGCGUGCAGACAACGCUGAAUCACAACGGCUCUUAUCAACGCCUUCCUGCCCCGCAAGUGAAGCCUGAGCGACCUAAUGGAGCUUCACAGUUCCUUCCCAAUCAGUACAAGUCUGAGUUUCCGCGCAAUUCCUCCACCCCGACAGGCUUCUCUCAAGCGCAGGCACGAUCGCCGUACGUCAAACCCGAGCAUGUCAAGCCUGAGCACAUCAAAGCGGAGCCCAGCGGCUCCCGGCCCUCACAACCCUCUCAACCUCGACGCAAAGCUGACGUUGUCGAUCUCACUGCUAGUGACAGUGAUGAUGGAGAGGAGAUUUCGGAGAUCGCACCAAAUGGCUUCACGCCCAACAAUCGAUCCCAGCGAUCCGGCUUUGACAAUGCUUCCCUCCCCGGGUUCGGCCAUCCACUUGCUGUGAGGCCUGCUGUGCACUCGACGCCUGCGAGACCGCAGAUCCCCGGUGCUUAUCCGACAGCGACCCCGAAUGGGUACAACUCUGUGUAUGGCGGCUUCAACGGGAUCAACCCUCAGCAGGCACCAUGGCUUCAACAAGCAAGCAGUGGUCUUGUCAAUGGCAUUAGAACGGCUGCUGGCCAUCUCGGCGACUCGCUUUCGGAACUGACCAAUCUCUUCAAUACAAAUGAUGACCUGAUCUACGGCGGGUCCCGCUCACUGCUCAAUCCUUACGCUGAGAACAUGGAUCUGUUCAAUCGCCGAUACAACGAGAUUGCAGACUACAACCCUGAGAAGACACGGGAGGAAAUCAACGCGCUUCUCGAAAACAUCCGGCCAGACGAGGCGAUACCGGCAGACCUCCGCGUCAAGACCCCGGCAGCCAUGGAUGUCAAGCUACACAAAUACCAGGAGAUGGGACUGACCUGGCUCAAGAACUGCGAGGAGGGCUCCAACAAAGGGGGCAUUCUCGCAGACGAGAUGGGUCUUGGCAAGACGAUUCAGAUGCUCUCACUCAUCGUCGAGCAUAAAUCGGACGACCCUCGCUGCAAAGCAUCUCUCAUCGUUGCCCCUGUCGCUCUGAUGCGCCAAUGGAAGCAGGAGAUUCAGCAGAAGAUCAAGAAGUCCGAAAGGAUCACCGUCUUCAUCCAGCAUGGGCAAGGGAAGAAGAAGAAGUUCGCCGAUUUGCAGCAUUUUGACGUCGUCCUGACCACCUUCGGCACCCUCGCAUCCGAGCUGAAGAAACUGGAGAAGUUUCGUUUGCGUCAGAAGCAUGACCCGACUGCUCGGCCUCAGGGUAACGAGCAGUGUGCGCUCCUCGGCGAUGAUGCCACCUGGUAUCGCGUUGUCCUGGACGAGGCACAGUGCAUCAAGAACAAGACGACUAAGACGGCGAUCGCUGCGGCUCACCUCAACUCCAAGUAUCGCCUUUGCAUGACUGGUACCCCCAUGAUGAACAACGUCGAGGAGUUCUACUCGCUCGUCAAAUUCCUGCGCAUCAAUCCUUACUCCCGCUGGGAGAAGUUCCGCGUCGAUAUCAGCACGCCUCUCAAAUCUCACGACGAGCAGUACAGACAAUCCGCGAUGGUCAAGCUGCAGACUUUGUGCAAGGCUAUCAUGCUCCGUCGCACAAAGCAGAGCAAAUUCGAAGGGCAGCCUAUCUUGGUCCUACCGGAGCGCACCACCGAUGUCGAGAACCCAGUGUUCGAUGACGACGAGCGUGCUUUCUACGACGCCGUGGAGAACAAGACCCGACUCGAAUUCAACAAAUAUCUCCGCCGCGGUCAGGUGGGCAACAACUACACCGCCGUUUUGGUGCUACUCCUCCGCAUGCGCCAAGCAGCUUGUCAUCCCCACCUGAUCAAAGACUUUGGCAUCGCCAGCGCCGCCGACAUCACCGAAGAGCAAGUCAUAGACUACGCCAAGGAACUCGACGAAGCCGUCGUAGCUCGCAUCAAAGCCACCGGGGGCAACUUCGAAUGUCCCGUGUGCUACGAUGUCGUGGAGAACCCCGCCAUUUUCGUUCCAUGCGGCCACGACACUUGCAGGGAGUGCUUCUCGCGCAUCACGGACCCCUCGAAUGCUAUUAGAGAUGGCAAUGAGGGUGGGACGGGGGCCAAGUGCCCGAAUUGCCGCUCGCCGAUCGAUACGAAGCGCGUGACGGAUUUCGAUGCGUUCAAGAAGGUGCAUAUGCCGGAGUUGUUGACUGAGGAGGAGCUCAAGGAGUUGGAGGCGAUGAAGGAGGAUGAUUCUUCAACGGAGUCCGAGAGUGAGAGUGACGACGAAGAAGAAUAUGAGAGACUCACGAAGCAGGGGAACCUGGACAACUUUGUGGAGGACGACGAGUCGACCGAGUCGGAAGCGGAGGAGGACAAUGAUGUUGAGGAAGAGGGUGCAUCUGGUCCCUCCAAGAAGUCCAAGAAGGCCAAAGGCAAGAAAGCCAAAGUCGACAAAAAGUCCGCCAAGGGAAAAGGCAAGGGGAAGGCCAAGGAAAAGAAGGUAAAGAAGAAGAAGAAGAAGAAGGAGACAGUGACUCUGGCGGAUCUGGCGACGAUGUCGAAGAAGAAUCAAAAGGCCCGUCGAGCGUAUUUGCGUCGUCUCCGGGACAACUACGUCGACUCGGCGAAAAUCCGCAAGACCAUGGAGCUUUUGCAGACAAUCAUCGACGAUGCCGCCGGUGAGAAGGUCCUGGUCUUCAGUCAAUGGACAUCGCUACUGGAUCUUCUGGAGAUUCCCAUCGAUGGCAAGGGCUGGGGUUAUCGGCGCUACGAUGGCAGUAUGAACACCAAGAUGCGAGGGGAUGCGGUGGAUGAUUUUCGCGAUGAUCGCCAGGAUGUGCGUAUCAUGCUGGUCUCGCUCAAGGCAGGCAAUGCGGGCCUCAACUUGAACAUGGCUAGUCAAGUCAUUAUUCUCGAUCCUUUCUGGAAUCCCUACAUCGAGGAGCAAGCCAUUGACCGCGCACACCGCAUCGGCCAGACGAGACCAGUGCAGGUGCAUCGCAUUCUGAUCGAGAAGACCGUGGAAGACCGCAUCAUCGAGCUGCAGGAGCGCAAGAGGACGCUCAUCUCGGAGGCGCUGGACGAGAAAGCGGGCCAGAACAUUGCUCGCUUGGGCGUGCAGGAGCUGGCGUAUCUGUUCGGCGUCACGAACAAUCCGUCGGAGAGAGUCGCCUAUCGCCCUGCCAAUCGGCGUUGAUGAGCUGAUGGGCUGAUGUGGGAGGUCAAUCGUCUUUUUCAUGGCGUUUCGCUUAUGUUACACAGAGAUACCCCCUGGGCACUGAUUUACGGGUCGCAUGGGAGGCAGUAUGUAUCAUUAUAGCUAUCGACGUGCCUAUGGUGCCGUCGUAAUACGAAUGCACACUCGUUUGCUUUGG